AUGCAGCAAACAAGCACCGCCAAGCACUACUCUGAGGCUGAUCAGAGUACUCAACGGCUAAGAGACAAGAAACUAGGGGACUUGAUGGUGAACAAGCGCAGGCUCGUGGAGGUGCCGUACACGGCGUCCCUGGCCCACACCAUGAACACCUUGGUGGCGAACAAGGUGCUGGCGGUGCCUGUGGCGGGCCCGGUGCUGGCGGUGCCUGUGGCGGCACCGCCAGGCCAGUGGAUUGGAGCCGGGGGCUCCAUGAUCAUGGAAGCUGACAAACACACGGGGACUGUGCGGAAGCACUACAUAGGGUUGGCCACCAUGCUUGAUCUAUUGGCUCAUAUUGCUGGGAAUGAAGAUCAGUUGAUGGAUGAAGGAGUUCAUGAUGGGUUUGAUCUUGAUCAGAAGAUGUCGGUGCCGGUGUCUUCGAUCAUAGGGCACUGCCUUGAGGGUUUAAGCUUGUGGACUCUAAACCCCAACACAAGCAUCCUAGACUGUAUGGAAGUGUUUAGCAAAGGAAUACACCGUGCUUUGGUACCCGUAGACAGCCACAUGGACAACGUCUCUGGAGUUGAACUUGUAGAGUCUGCUUCCAGCUACCGAAUGCUCACCCAGAUGGAUGUGUUGAGGUUUGUGAAGGAACAUGGCAGCUCCGGAUCAGAACUCGACAACAUCAUGUCGAGCACGGUAUCGGAUUUGGGAGCUGUCACGGAGAGAGUUUUUGCCAUUACUGACCGCACAAAGGUCAUUGAUGCCAUCAAGUGCAUGCGGAUAGCUUUGCUAAACGCGGUUCCGAUUGUAAGGUCCUCGGAUACGGACAAUGAAGAAGAUCACAAGCAGCUUGUAAAUGGCAAAGGAAGGCAAGCUAUAGGGACAUUUUCGGCAACAGAUUUGAGGGGCUGCCACUUCGCGACGCUGCAAACAUGGUUGCCGAUGAGUGCUCUGGAUUACACCGAGACGGUUUUGGCAAACCCUCUAAUGGCAGCAUUCAAUAAUGCAGCAGGAAGUCCAACAACAAGGGAGCUGGUGGCAUGCCGAGCUGAUUCAUCCUUAGGUGAAGUGAUUGGCAAGGUGGUCUCCAAACAUGUGCACCGACUUUGGGUUGUGGAUCAACAAGGUUUGCUCAAGGGGCUCAUUUCCCUCACAGACAUAAUUAGAGUGUUGAGGCUUGCAAUACUGUCUGAACAAAACGCCUAAUAACCAUCUGAGAGGGAGGGA